GUUCAAAUGAAACUUGGACUCGUGUCUCCGCUUCCGAAACGUCUGGUCCGGCAUCUUUUCCGUUCAGUUCAUAUGCUACUAAGCCAACAAGAGGUUAUGAUGAAAGAACAUUGGAUUCUGCUUUUUUUGCCAAUCCAUCCAUGAAAAUGCCUUCAAAUACUGUCCAACCAUCAAUGGGUUAUUUUGGUGGGCUUCCUCCGCCGAUGGGAUAUAAUCCACAUCAAGUAAAUUAUGGUAAUACGAUGCCGCCAACACCCCAAGAUUAUCCAAUGUCAAUGACUGCUAUGCAGAACCAAAAUGGAAAUGAUACACGAAUUAUGCCACCCCAAUUUCAUGGUCAAAACCCAAACAGACCCCCUCCGGUUCCUGCUCAAACCAUGAUGACUACCUUUAACUCAAAAACUGUAUCGUCCACUCCUAAAAGGUACAAGUGUAAUAUUUGUCAAAAGAGAUUUACACGUCCAAGUUCAUUGCAAACACAUACAUAUAGUCAUACCGGAGAAAAAC